GUACAGUGGUGUGAUCUUGGCUCACUGCAACCUCCGCCUCCUGGGUUCAAGCGAUUCUCAUGCCUCAGCCUCCCCAGUAGCUGGGACUACAGGCAUGCACCACCACACCCAGCUAAUUUUUAUUUUUUAGUAGAGACAGAAUUUUACCAUGUUGGCCAGGCUGGUCUUGAACUCCUGACCUCAGGUGAUCCACCCACUCGGGCCUCCCAAAGUGCUGGGAUUACAGGCAUGAGCCACCAUGCCUGGACAAAAAAGUGA